UCUGCUUAUUUUUGUAUGAAUGGUGGUGGCAUGGCUUAUCAAUUCAAUGGCAUUUUAUUAUUGAGCUGCCCAAGUUUAUAUAGAGUAUAGUUGGUUGAUGUUGUUGUUGUUGAUCACCGAAUUGCUGACCACCACAGCUGCGAGACGACCUCAUAAUUAAUUACUCCCCAUUAGUAAUCAAUCCACGGAUUGAACUUCCUGGAUUUCCGGUUCCAUUCAUAAAUAUUUAUUUUGAUGAUGGCGAGGUCAUCUCUGCUCCCGUUUCAACAUGCGAAACUUGGAGGUUUUCUGCAAGCUCCCCCCAAUUUGGGGAAUGUUUACACGGGGGACGCCUUCCUCGCCCGCGUCCUGGAGCGACUCCUCCCACCCAAAACCUUUGCCGAGGUGCACGAAGACCUUGAACGGCUUGGUCACCGGGUGGAAUCUGAAAUCGACCCUUUGGGAAUGCAGUGCGAAAAUAAUGAGCCAGUUCUUCGCCAAUUUGAUGCGUGGGGACGACGUGUGGACGAAUUGGUGACCUGCCCGGCCUGGAAACGUAUGAAAGAGAUCACGGCGGAAGAGGGAAUCAUAUCAUCCGGAUAUUCUGGCAAAUUUGGCGAAUUUGGGAGAAUUUUUCAGUUCGCGAAAUGUCUCGUCUUCCACGCCUCGUCGGGGCUUUAUUCCUGUCCCAUCGCAAUGACGGACGGAGCUGCAAAAACGCUGCAAGAGCUGAAGCUGCCUCAAUUUGACUCUGUUCUAAAGAAACUCACGUCCCAGGAUCCUGCCCAAUUUUGGACGUCUGGCCAGUGGAUGACCGAACGUGGGGGCGGCUCUGACGUUGGGACGGGAACGGAGACGGUUGCCAUUCCAAAAUCGGAUGGGACGUACACGCUGCACGGCUACAAAUGGUUGUCCUCUGCCACGGAUGCGGACAUUGCUCUCACGCUCGCCAGGAUUGUGGACAAGGGAGAAAAGGCACAGGAUGGGUUGUCCAUGUUUUUGUUGAAAACGCGUCGAGAAGACGGCAGCCUGGACCCUGGAAUACAAAUGAUGAAAUUAAAGAACAAGUUGGGAACGAGGAGUCUGCCCACUGCAGAAUUACUGCUCGACGGCGUUGUGGCCCAACUCGUGUCUGACCCUGGUCGUGGCGUCGCAGCAAUUUCACACAUGCUCACAGUCACACGAUUGCACAACACGACGGGGAGUGUCGCGGCGAUGAGACGUAUUCUUCUGCUGGCCAGAGAUUAUAGCAUGAAACGUGUGGCCUUCGGAGUCCCCAUUGCGCAACAUCGGCUGCACGUGGACACUUUGGCCGGAAUGGAAUUGACCGCGAGGGCUGCAACCCUCCUCUUUUUCGAAGUGGUCAGAUUAUUUGGGCUGUCAGAACAUGGUCGUGUCGGAAAUGACGACGAGGAGAAUCGCCAGCUCCUUCGCCUCUUGACGCCCGUGGUGAAGCUGUACACUGCCAAAAAGUGUAUCCCCCUCAUAAGUGAAGGGUUGGAAUGCUUCGGAGGGCAGGGCUACAUUGAGGAAACGCGGCUUCCCGUUAUCCUCCGAAAUGCUCAGGUCAUGACCAUUUGGGAGGGGACGACCAACGUGCUCUCUCUGGACACCUUGCGCGCCAUCGCCAAGUCCAAUGGAGCAGCAAUCGCCGCAUUUCAUGCCAACAUGAGUAGAAGGUUGCGACAGGUGGUCAAGCCCGACUUGGCCCCAUCGAUUGGCCGUGUGCAGGCUGAGCUUGAGGACCUGGUGGCCAUUCUUCCAGAGCUGGAAGCCACGGAGGUCAUGGCUCGAGCGAGGCUGGUUUCUUUUGCAAUCGCAGAAAUAGCUAUAGGAGUGCUCUUCAUUGAGCACGCAUCCAGUGGAGUCGCUCAAGGAACGGAUUUGGCUGCGGCGAAACGAUGGGCGUCCCAAAUGACGAAAUGGUCUCUGCAGCUCAAGGAUGCUGAACGGUUCGAAACGGACAACUCCAACCAACUUGUGUUUGAAGGUUAUCCUGGCCCAGAUUUUUCCAAAACAUCCAAACUGUGAUUUUGUGGAUGUCUAUGAACCCCAUAUACUACGUACAUACAUACGUACUCAAUGGUCAGUUUAUUUAUACUUAUGUAACCACAUUCUUCAGCAAAGAGCAGUGUGAACAUAACCUUUUGAUUUUGACUAUUUUAUUUGUUGUAUGCAUGUAGUUGAAUAAAGGUUCAAAUUAAUUUGCUUAAAAGUUGAA